AUGCCCAGAAAACCCACCCCAGCGGCCAAGCAGCGGGUUCGCACUGGUUGUCUGACCUGUCGGAAAAGGAGAAGAAAAUGUGAUGAGCAGAAACCGAGCUGCGCCAACUGUGAGGUCAAGGGCUUCACGUGUAAAUAUAGCUCUGAUUUGGCGUUCGUGUCGCAGCGCGAUGGGGUUGUUCCCGGUGCGCCGAGACAGGCGUAUAGCAGUAUCACAUUUGUCGAUGACUCUCCCCUUGCAGCUGCGAAUAAAGAGAAAUCAAAGCCCCCGCCAAAGUCUACAGAUGAUUCCCAGAGCGAUGCCAAUACUGGUUUUUCUUUCGACGGGUUGCAGUCUUCAGCUGACGGCCCAGAUGAUCACGGGGAUGUGCGCCGUGCCUUUGAAUUCCAAAACAUAUUGUCAUCAGCAGCGCCCAAUGUCGGCUUUUCUGAACCUCCUCCAAUUCCGUUUGUCGGAGAACGGAGUGCGCCGCAUACUCGCUAUAUGAACAGUGCUCCAUACUUUGGAUACCGGUCUGCCACCAGCAAUAGAACAGUCGAAAGGCGAGGCGACCUUGCGAGUGGCAACCAUGAGACUGACCUGCUUCGACAUUUCCGCUAUCACGUCGGUCCUUGGAUCGAUACCGGGGACCCUGAGCUACCGUUCGGGCUACAGGUUCUUCUGCUCUCGCGAACCAACAGAGCUCUGCAGGCUGCGGUUCUUGCACUGUCUGCAGGUCAACGACUCCUCGUGACAUCCCCAAAUAGCAUGGACCUGGAAAGCAGCCAGCAGUUCCGAAAGGAAGCGGAACAGAGUCUUGCGCUUGAAUAUGACCUGGCUAGAUAUGCUGGCCAUACCCUCUUGAUGCUUCAAGACGCUCUGCCUGCAGGACCGCAGCAGUGGAGAAGCCUUCUGGUUCACAGAAUUGAGCACAUAAGUGACUUCGCUUCAAGAGCAGUAGGAGAAGAGGUUGGGGAAGCUUUGUUGUGGCUUUACUUUCGAUUCGAUCUCGCGGGCUCAAUAUCCUCUUCAAAGCCGCCACUUAUGCCCUUUCGAUCGUUAUUACGACGAGAUGGCACUUUAUUACACCACCAACAAUCCAUGCGACCCCAGACGGUCAAUUCCGUAUACAAGCAUAUAUUGUGUCUUCUGGGACACUGCUUAGCCUUAAUACACGGUGAUCGAGAAACGUCCUCUCCCCAUACGGUCGCAUCACCAGAUCUGGCAGCAUUCCCAUCUUUACGACAGUCACACUCCCUAUCACAAUGGACAUUCCUCUGGUCAGACUGCCAGAAAUGGUACAAUGAGCGACCAGUAGACGUUCAACAGAUCGUGGAUAUUCGCGGCGGUGAAGCUGACCAGAUUGACCCUGACCACGACUCCUCAUUUCCAAUCCUCAUCUAUACGACUCCAAUGGCGCUGGUCGCUAACGCUGUCUACCACAUGAUCUCCCUCUUAUUGCUUACGCAUAAGCCACGACUCCUGAAAUCACUUCCCGGACCAAGAUCGGUCACCUCGCACAUCUGGCACGCGCAGUCGAUCGCCGGGAUCGCAGCAUCCAAUGACUCCCCUGAACAAUGGGAUCCGAUAUUGGUUGCGAGUCUUCUCACUAUCGCCAAAGAGAUGACACAUGAAUCACAACAAGCAGUUCUACUAGAGCGUUUUUCCAGGAUCACAGCCACAACAGGCAUCAAACUGGACCGAGAGACCGAGGCACUUCAAGCAGGGUGGAACCUGGCACGAUACGAGGAGGAAUUCGACGAUGAAGCUGACGCUAUGAUUUCAUAA